GGGAAUUUGUGCCACCAGCGUACGGAACAGAACCGCCGUCGGUGAGACGCCGUGUCGCCGGUGGGUUGUUAUCGCCUUCGUCCACGACGGCGGCGUCGUGAUGAGAUGUGAGGAACCCGGCGAGGCUCUGACGGCGCCAUUAAACCAGUUCAGCCGACUGUGGACUUGCCAGCCGCAAAGACUUGACUGACUUCAGAUAGAGAGAGAGAGAGAGGAGGAAAAAAAAAAAGAAAACACAACCCUGCGAUGUUUUUACGUCUCCCGGUGUCCUGAUAACCGCAGACUUCAACCCACAGCAGGUCACCGAGAGGGAUAUACAGGCUUCUAAAUCCAGUUCACCAAACAGACAUAAUGUCUUCCCGGGAGCGUCGGUCAGAUGUCUACAUAAAGGCAGAGCCGAGCAGUCCAGAGGGAGGUGGGGGAGGUCGGACCAGCCCGGGCGGGGCCUCCUCGGACUCCUCUCAAAGCGGAGGAGGAGGAACCAGAGGGGACGGCGCCAAGCGUUACUCCCCGCCGCUCUACACGCCGGCUCUGCGUUGUCACUUCAAAGACGAGGCCGGCGACGGGGCAGAGGAGGGCUCCACCGGAAACGGAGCGGGGCGAUGCAAGUACGCCCUGAGCACGCUGCCCAAGAGGCUGUGCCUCGUAUGUGGGGACGUGGCCUCGGGUUACCACUACGGCGUCGCGUCAUGCGAGGCCUGCAAGGCGUUCUUCAAGAGAACCAUUCAAGGUAACAUCGAAUACAGUUGUCCAGCAUCAAACGAUUGUGAGAUCACUAAAAGGCGCAGAAAGGCUUGCCAGGCAUGCCGCUUUACCAAGUGCCUCAAAGUAGGCAUGCUGAAAGAGGGAGUUCGUCUCGACAGGGUCAGAGGUGGAAGGCAGAAGUACAAAAGGCGCCCAGAAGUGGAGAAUGCAACAUACCAGAGUGCCCCGCUACCACUCACAAAGGAGAGUGAAAAAGGUUCCUCCAACAUCAUCGUGUCCCACCUUCUAGUAGCAGAGCCAGAGAAGCUAUUCGCCAUGCCCGACCCUCUGCAGCCCGACACAGCCCAGCGUACGCUCACCACGCUUUGUGACCUCGCCGACCGCGAGCUGGUUGUGAUCAUUGGCUGGGCCAAACACAUUCCCGGCUUCCUCUCACUGUCUCUCGCAGACCAGAUGUCGGUGCUGCAGUCGGUGUGGCUGGAAGUGCUCGUGCUGGGCGUAGCGUACCGCUCGCUCGGCUGCGAGGACGAGGUGGUGUUCGCCGAGGAUUUUGUCCUUGACGAGGAGAUGUCACGUGUCGCCGGACUGACGGAGCUUAAUGCGGCAAUUAGUCAACUCGCUCGCCGUUUCCGCGCACUAAACGUAGACCGGGAGGAAUUUGUCAUGCUAAAAGCCAUCGCACUCACGAACUCAGACUCUGUUUACAUCGAGGACAUGGAGGCCGUGCAGAAGCUGCGGGACCUCCUCCACCAGGCCCUGCUGGAGCUGGAAUGUCAGCGGCGCCCAGACGACCCCCAGCGGGCGGGACGCCUCCUUUUAACAUUGCCUCUCCUCCGACAGACUGCCGGUCGUGCUCUCACCACCUUUUACAGCAUCAAGACCCGUGGCGGUGUACCCAUGCACAAACUAUUCCUGGAGAUGCUGGAAGCCAUGAUGGACUCUCCCUAGAGCAGAAAGGCAGCAGAAGCGAAGAGGACGCAGAGAAAGACCCCGACAGAGAAUCUAGUCUUCAAGAGUGGGGAGGAAAAAGCUGUUUAUGAAAAAGGAAAGUUUUUAUUCGAGAAUUAAUAAAGAGGAAAAUGGUCCGUUUCUCCUGUAAGACUUCAUGACGGAGGAAGAAAAAUAACACGAGAAAAGAGAAAAAACUAUUUUCUUCAGAGGGAAUUGGCUCCUUGCAAGUAAGAUGUAACUGCCAAGCUUCAGUAAACGGCUCCGAGAGUGAAAACAUUUAACACAAAUGCCAGGAUGCUUCUUUAGUUUUAACCGUUUCGUGGCAUGUUUCAUCACAGGAAUCCAUCUGCAGUUACUUAACCACUGAGGAACAACGUUUAGGUACACCCGAGAACAGACUGCAAUCAUGUGGCUUUUUGAACUUUUUAACAAAAAAAAAAAAAACAACGCUACAUCCGCUCAUGAAAGCCAUAAUAACAUAUCCAGUGAAAAGCUUUGAGGGUCCAGCGUGGGGGUCGGAUUGAAACGCACAUGAAGUGCUUGUAUUUACUAUAGUUUAGCGUGCCGCUGUGGGCAAAUCAUAAGAAUUACUUGCAAUAUGUUAAAAGCAAUAUAAAUGACUCGAUUAUUGUCUGUCACAUUCAAAAUGUGAAUGAAACGGUGAGACAUCUGUUUGUGUGUGUCUAUCAGUAGUUCUCCACUCUUAGAGCCCCAAGUGCUGAUUUAUUUUGUUUUUAGUAGAAACUGGUUUGGUAAGGGAGUAGAUUAAAAAAAAAAACUUAGAGAGGAAAAACGGCAGCACUUGGUGGGUAGAUGGUGGAGUUGGGAGCCACUGGUGUCGGUGCAAGAUUCUUUAUAAAAGGUUGUGCAAUUGAUUUGGAGUCCAGGAAAAGUGCAUUUGAAGAUGGCGCGCCCGUAAAAUGAUCUACGUGGAAGGUGUUGUAUGUAAAAGUCCUAUUGGUGCACACGGAAAAAAAGUGGCUUCCAUACAAGCAGGCAUGUGUGUUUGUUCGCGUGCAGUCGGAACCUACGAGCUGCACCGAGAUCAGGGAAGAACAUUAAAGCAAGUGUGGCAACAACAGUGAUUAUAGAAAAGAAAAUGCAAAUGCCUCAUCUGCUUUUUUUUUUAUUAUUAUACCCUCUUCCUCCAACUAGAACCACAGCAGCUGUGUCUUCAAAAAAAGAUCCUGUUUCAUUGGUGGGCUGUAAUGUGUAACACUAAUCUGUGUACGGUGAGAUUUCGCUGCAUUUUCUGCAGCGCCGGAGAGCGUAAAAGAUCUCAGAUGUUUGAGCUGAGAUCCUUCCUGUGUGGACGCACAUCUGUACCGAACUCUUAAAGCGCCCGAAAUGGGUUCAGGGCAACAAGAAAUGCAACAUAUGCAACAUCUUCCUUUUGGAUGUUGAAACCGUGUCUGACAACAUCCCGAAAGUCCGACUCAUUGUUCAGAAGGUUUGUAUACUUAUAAACGAUCAUUAUAGUGAGCUUCACACGCAAUGCAAAAACCACAGCAUCUGGUGUCAAAGUCAGAGCUCGACGAAAAUAAUAUUGAGAGGCCGUCAAGUCUUUUAGCCAUGUACAGUUCCAUUUCAAUAAACGGAAACAUGCAAUUUAUAGUGGAAGAUAAAUAAAGCCAGCAAAUGUGAUUUAAAAAGAAAAAAAAAAAUUCCCCAUUACGAUGAUAUUUGUGCAGCUUACAUUGUACUGAAAUUUGUAAAGACUUGAAACUUGCUUUUUCAUAGGUUCCUUUCUAGGAUUUAAGGGUAUUUUAUUUACAUUGUGACACACUGUCGUGGGUUUUGGUAUCGAAAAGAAGCUUUCCAUUCAGGAUGUAACGAAUGCUAAUCGUUUUUUUAAUUUAAAAUGUGUUUUCUGAGGCUGAUUGUUAUUUUUAGGGAUCAAUCUACAUGGCUCUAUAGAUCCGAUGGCACGGCGAGGCUACAGAAGGCUACCUCAGGAGGCAGAGCAAGCCAGACGGCCAAAUAACUGUGGAGACAAACUCGUGGUCUUUUGAUUUGUCGGCUUGAAAUUUGGAUAUUGGGUCUAACUGAAUGUCGUGCGAACACCUGAGUUCAUUUUGGUUUUCAUAACUUUAAAGGUUCGUUAAUCCUGCUUCACGAGAUGGUACAAACUGAUCCAGCAGCUAGCCCUGUGGAGCAGACACCUGGCCACAUGUGACUCUUGAUUCACCUGUCGGGUCUCGUUCUUAUACGUUACAUUAUGUCAGUUAGGAAAAUAUGUUUGUUUUCUAACCGAGUAGUUAUCACAUUACUUUAAGCAGGCGAUUAAACAUUAGACGCCGGGGUCAAAUUAGAGCCGUCAAAAGAGUUUCUUCUAUUAACCGGGUCAUAUAUGCAAAGCUAGGGUUUCUUCAUUAGCGUACAACUGUGUUUUAGGUACAGUGGGUUUAGGGUGGCGUGAGGCUCAUCCGGCGUGUCAAACUUUGAAAUUAUACAGUCAUUUGUAGGUUCUAUUACGAUGCAUAUUACAAGCAUUAAUAUAAAUGAGCAAUACAAUAAAUUACCAAACCUCACACAUUUCCUUGUAUAGCCACAGUGUACAUUUAACAUUGCCAGUUAUAAUGAAGAAUAGCUACUAAACGUUAUAUUAUUUAGAAGUUCAAAUCAAUGUUUGUAUUUUGAAAGACUAUUUAAAUGAUUAAAUUCUAUUUUUUACUCAAUUUACUGUUGUUUGUUGACACUGCUUUAUUAUUUUUUUUGUGUGUGAUAUUGGCUGUGAAUUUCUGUGUGUAGGCUUUUUCUUUUUUUUCUUUUUCAUUUAGAUAAAAAAAGUUUGAUGUCCUUGUCUAAACAUGUCCCACAUAAAAAAAAUCACUGUGAAAAAAGUGAGAUCUUCCGCUGUCUGACACCCAACAGGGAGUGGAUUAUUGUAGGUGCUUUGUGUUGUGUAAUAAAUGGACACACCACCGCCACA